AACAAGAAUAGACGCACUUGCCAUCCCAUGCUUUCAAUAUCGAACUUUUCGAAAGUCUGGGAUACUUAACAUGUAGCUAGCUAUUCAGCUGCAACCUCUGUCACUGAUAAUGAAUGGAUAGUCAGCCUACCUAACGUUAGCUGUCUGACUUCCUGAAUUAUGACGGGACAAAAACGUAAAUGCUUCGCGGGAAAAGGCAAAAAAUGGCGAAAUGCACAACUUAAAACUUGGAGAGCUUGUCAGUUAUAGUCAUCGUAUUGCGCAUUAAGUUGCAAAAAACUUAAUUAACAAAUGCAACCACACUAAAAUUGAAGCAAAACGCUUUCUUAUUUUCCUGUCCGGCAUUGGAGGCCAAUCUGAACGGAACUGUUGUAGUGACUAGACAGCAUGUUGGAAUCAUCCUAUAGGGAUAUCUACUGCUCAGGGGGUCAUGAGCAGCUAGAUACCAAGCGAUCUCCACACAAAAGAGGGAGGAGUUCUGUUGACAUGGAGACGAGUCUGACUGAGGGACAAUAUGUCUUAUGUCGUUGGUCAGACGGGCUGUACUACCUGGGAAAGAUCCAGAGGGUGAGCCCCUCCAAGCAGAGCUGUUUUGUCACCUUUGAGGACAACUCCAAGUUCUGGGUCCUUUGGAAAGACGUCCAGCAUGCUGGAGUUCCUGGGGAGGAACCGAAAUGUGCCGUGUGCUCUGGCAGGGCACUGGUGGACGACAAUGAGAUCCUCAUCUGUGGCAAGUGCGGAAUAGGUUACCACCAGCAGUGCCACCUGCCACAGGUGGAGAGCACCCUGGACUCGUCCCCUUGGUUCUGCCGGAGGUGCAUCUUUGCUUUAGCUGUGCGGAAAGGGGGUGCUCUGAAAAAGGGCCCCAUUGCUAAGGCCUUGCAGGCCAUGAAGCAGGUGCUCUCCUACAACCCAGAGGAGCUGGAGUGGGACUCCCUACACCGAACCAAUCACCAGCAGUGCUACUGCUACUGCGGUGGCCCUGGGGAGUGGUACCUGAAGAUGUUGCAGUGCUUUCGAUGUCGGCAGUGGUUCCAUGAGGCUUGCAUUCAGUGUCUGCAGGAGUCCAUGAUGUUCGGAGACAGAUUUUAUUUGUUCAUCUGUGCUGUGUGCAAUAAAGGAGUGGAGUACAUCAAGCGCCUGGCUCUCAGAUGGGUGGAUGUGGUUCACCUUGCCCUCUACAACCUAGGCGUUCAGAGUAAGAAGAAGUACUUUGAGCUGGAAGAGAUUCUCAACUUUGUCAGCAACAACUGGGAUCACUUCCAACUGGGCAAGCUUUUCAACACGCCACUUCAUGAGAGAAGCCAGUACCUCCUCGAUGCUCUCAAUAACUACAAAAGCAAGUUCCUGUGCGGGAAAGAGAUCAAAAAGAGGAAAUGCAUCUUUCGGCUGAGGUCAAGGGUCCCCCCCAACCCCCCGUCCAAGCUCUUUCCCGAGAGGGCUCAGAACUGCGAGGGACGGGAAGGACGCAAGAGGGCCCGGGGCAGGAACAGCUCCCACCACGGAGAGUCCCAGCCCCAGAAGAGGAUGAAGAAGAAGAGGUCAAAGUGGCUGUUAGAAGAUGCGAUUCCUAACAAUGAGCUUACUACUUCCUGGAGUACAAACCACCACAUGGCAAGCAUAUUUGAUUUCACCCUGGAUGAGCUGCAGAGCUUGAAAAGCACCAGCUCGGGACGGACCUUCAGCUUGGACCUGGACUCCACGGACGCGGCGAGCACCUCCGGAUCGGCCACCACCAGCGUGUCCUACGACUUGCGGAAGAACGUGGGCAGCAGGAAGAGGAAGCUGCGCACGUCGGCCUACGCGCCGCCGGCCGGCCGGGCGGCCCCGCCCGAGGGCGACCUGGGGCCCGGCGUCCUGGAGGCGGAGGAGGCGCCCGAGGCCAUGGACGACGGCAUCGACAGCCACACCUUCGACAGCAUCAACGAGGACGACUCCUCCCUGUCGCACCUCAAGUCCUCCAUCACCAGCUACUUCGGGGCGGCCGGGCGGCUCAACUGCGGGGAGAAGUACCAGGUGCUGGCCCGCCGGGUCACCCCGGAGGGCAAGGUCCAGUACCUGGUGGAGUGGGAGGGCACCACCCCCUACUGACCCAGGCUGGAGAAUGGCAAGGGUCAGUGGGAUCAUAUCCUGCUCUUCACCUGGUCUGGUCCUCCACUCCUGUCCUCAGGAGGCCACAUCUUUACAGUUCCAUUUCCCUCUCCUUAGUUCUGUUUCUUCUCUCUCCUAGCACAGAUCUUUGUACUAUGCUUGCCUUUAGUUACGCACAUAAAUUGGAUCAUUGCAGAAACUGUAGUGAUAAAAAAGGCAAUAGAGUGGUACUGUACUUAGCAGUGUAUCCUUGCGAAGUGUCAGUGCUUCUGCAGUGCUGUAGUGUCCAGAGCCUCACUGAAUGUGCCCUGUGUCCUGUUUUCUGCUUUUCUUAGUUAUGCCUAUUUUUCCUGCACUGGUGGUGCAUUGCUGAAGAGGCACACAGUGUUCACAUCCCAGAAUUCAUGCUCUUCUGUUACGUCUGAGGGGAACAUGAGCAAAUUCACAUUUCACCUUAAUCACAUUUAAUUUUAGUUUAGGUUACAAGCACUUCCCAGUCAGGAGAUGAUUUAAAGUUGCUACCGUUUAAGGCCCCUGCCAGUUUGCAAUGUGCGUCUUUCUGGGGCAUGUCUAUGGCAGUAUGUUCCUCUGUAUCUCUACUCGCCUUCCAGUUAAUCCAAACAAUAACAUCACUAUAGUCCUCAUAAGACAAUUCCUUGCACCACAAUUUUGACAUAAAAAUUUUAUUUUGUUCUGAUUAAUGUACUUCUCCACACCCACCAAUCACACUAGGUUUUUUUUAAUUGGGUUUAAAUAGCCAUUUUUUACACUUUCCAUUCUGAUGGUGUUCAUAUUAAUUGUCUAUUUAAUUCUUGGUUUUGAAAAUAUUAUCUCCAGAAUGAAAUAAAAAAGAUAAAAUAUUAUCUUUUAAAUAUUAUUAAAAGGAAAAAAUCCCCGGAGCAACACAUGUAGCGAAAUGCAUUUUUUAUUUACUGCUAAUCAGUAAUUCGCUUCAGCCACCCCAGGAGCAGGUCAGCGGCGAUAUCAGGGAAGUAAGUAGCUCUAAAAAAUAAUUUUUUAGAGCUACUUACGAACGUUUGUCAAGUUUUGUUUGUCAGGUUCUCCGUAAUCAGGUUGGUAACUACACAGGCCCAGGCUGCCUUCCCAUGUAUACUGGAUAGGUGACAUUUACUGCCUAUCUUUAGCGUAUACUUCGUAUCAAGAUGUCACGGGUCACGUUUAUCUCAGACAAGAAUAAUACACUCUAUUAGAUGUCACAGUUGUUUCUUCUCAUUUUAAUUAUUUUUCUUCUGGGGGGGAAAGGAGUAACCAUAUGGCCCUUCAAUGUGAUUUGUCCAUUUAGCAUUUCCAAAGAAGUCUAUUGUAUUUCCUAGCUAUGUUCUUUUUUAUGGAUAGCAUCACUUAGCUCUUUUUAUUACUCCAGGAUUUUUUUUCUCUUAGGUGCUUCACCAGUGGCUUGCAGGCAUAAAUAUGCUGCAUACUUAAACUGGGAAAAGAAAAGACUCGCACACACGCUUGAUGAUCCAAAGAAAUCAUUGUGUUUAUUAAACCAUAAGCACGGUUAACGUUUCAAACACAUCGGCCUUCGUCAGAACUGGGUCUGAUGUGGUCAAAACGUUAACUGUGCCUUUGGCUAAAUACAAUUAUUACUUUUUAGAGCAUCGAGUGAGUGUGCAAGUUUUUUCUUCUCCUUUUGUGUAUGUUCCUGCGAUCCAGCACCUUGUGGUAGUUUUUUGGUGUGCGUUUGUUCCUACACAUACUUAAACUGCUCAUUCUUUAACUAACAGGUGCAGUCCAGGCAGUGGAAUGAAUGGCUCUGCUUUGAGUUGAUUGAAUGGCCUGAUUAAAAUCUGCUCUUAUUGUGUAUCUGAAGUAUAUGUACAUUAUAAACAUUAUAGGCCUAUUACCUUUUAUAAUUAACAGCGUUUUUAGAUCAUCUGAAUAUUAGGCCACUCUCUUGCUUUGUUGCACUUUUAACAAAUGCCUUCAGCUAUGCAAUCUGUAAUCAUUUUGUAAAUUGAUGAUACUUAUUCGACCAAAGUAUUAUUUGCUGUUAGAAUGUUUUAAUCGGCACCAAAACUGUUUUGUGUAUAAAUACUAUAAGCUCUAUGUUGACUAAGUCAUUAUUAAUAAAUGUAUACGGUAUAUAUAACUUCAACGUGGUGGACAAUGCAUCCUUGAUGAUGCAGUUACCUCUAUGAAAACUUUAAGCACUUAAUUUGCAAAAAACAAUUACAGUACAACUGUUCAAAGCAAAAGAGUGUAGAAAUGCAACGUAGAAGUUUAUGAUCAUCUAAAGUCAUUUUUUCCAGAUAUACAGUAUUUCAGUCUUAGUGUUUGAUGGAAAACCUUUGAAUACAGUGUUGCUAUGUCCUGAAUUUGAAUGAGUAUACAGGGUGCGCGUUUCCAUAUGCGUGGCCUCAACUUCUUUGUGUUUUUCUUUUCCUCAUUAUUGUUCUUUUCAUUGAUUUAAGUUGUAAAGAGUGUUACUGCUGGAAUGUGUGCGUGCAUGUGUGUGUAAUUUGUCAAAUUCAGCAGCUAAAGGCAGGACAUUCAUGCAGUGGCCAAUCAGGGACUAACAUGCCAGUCUCCAGUUUUACAUUAACAUAUCAAGGCCUACAUGAUGUAAAAUCAGUCGUAGCCGAGGGCAUGUUUUAGAGAAUUCGCAUUAUUGCAAUGGCAGCAAAUUCUGGAGUAAUUUUCAUGCUGUGUGACAGCCUUGUGCAAUCAAUCAGAGAAGUCAAAAAUGGGUUCUUGGCAGCAGCCUGGACUGCCAUAUGUGGUGGUUCUGCACUUUUUUUUAAUUAAUGGUGUGAAUGCCGGAAUAGUUAACAUGGCCGCCCAGUGCAUACUCAUUUUUUUUCCCUUCUCAUUGAAUCAGCAUGGCCCUCUUAGCUUAGUUUGUGUUAGAUUGCAUAAAACCACUAUAUAUCUUGUAAGCCCAUCAUGUGGCUUACAAAUGUCCAGAUACAGUAAAUUCCCUGGCAUUUAAUAAAGUGCCUUAAGUGGUACCUGCCUUAUUUUUUGUUUGGAGAAUUUGGACUGUCGCUGAUACUAUACCUUAAGAAGGCAGUACCGAUGGUUUGUUGUUAGCAAGCCCGCCUAAUUAUAAUUAUAUUUAAUGGGACACGCGGCUAGCUAACAAAGUUUCCCCAUUUUUGUUCAUUUCAGUUUUUUAAUGUGACUAGCCAGUGAAUAUAAAUGGCCCUAGAUAAAUGGUCAAUUGUAAAAUUACUAAUGGCUGUAAAUUGUUGGGCCUUGUGCAUUAUGAAUUACCAUUUGUUUCACACAAUUUAAAAAGCACCUUUCCCAGGCAUUGCUGAAGAGGCACACAGUGUUCACAUCCCAGAAUUCAUGCUCUUCUGUUACGUCCGAGGGGAAUAUGAGCAAAUUCACAUUUCACCUUAAUCACAUUUAAUUUUAGUUUAGGUUACAAGCACUUCCCAGUCAGGAGAUGAUUUAAAGUUGCUACCGUUUAAUGCCCCUGCCAGUUUGCAAUGUGUGUCUUUCUGGGGCAGCAUGUCUAUGGCAGUAUGUUCCUCUGUAUCUCUACUCGCCUUCCACAGUUAAUCCAAACAAUAACAUCACUAUAGUCCUCAUAAGACAAUUCCUUGCACCACAAAUUUGACAUUGAAAUUUUUUUCUUCUGAUUAAUGUACUUCUCCACACCCACCAAUCUUUACUUUUACAGCACUUCAGUUUUUUAUUUAAAAAAACAUUUUUUAUUGGGUUUAAUUCAUGUUUCAAAUGCCAGACUAGCUAACAUGGCCGGCUAGUGGAUACUCAAUUUAAAAGGCACCUUUCCCAGGCACACACUGUGCCAAGUGUGUAGAAGAGCAAAAGCUCUUCCUAUUACUAGUGUGUAUCUGGCUUAUUCUUUUCUCCUGUCACUUGCUUUGACAACACAGUGAGCUAUAUCAACCUUAGCAACCAAUACUAUACCUAUUUAUCCUGAUUGGCCAGGUGAGAAUGUCUAUGUCUUUUACUGUUGAUUUCCCUCUCCCUUUCUUGGCACUGUUUCAUAAAAAUGUGAACGUUGUAUAUUUGCAAGCAUGCAUUAUGCGGCUGUCCUGUCAAUUGAGAAUCAAUAUGAUUAUUAGAUGCAUGUUUUAUUAAAAUACUGUCAUAUUGGUUUUCAUUCAUAAAAGCAGCUAUGUUGACAUGGACAUAUGUAUCAUUAGAACUGAUAGACAAUUGAUAAUCUAUUUAGCUGGUUCCACAUUUUCUCAUUUUUAUAACCAAUAUUCUGUAGAUAUCCCAUGGAGCUCAUAUAGAUGUCAGUCAGAAGUGAUCUCCAAUAAGAUCUAACAUAAAAUAUCAUACACUUGUAAUAUUAUGUGCAUUAUUGUCAUGACCAAAAGAAUACUGUUAACACAUCAGUGUCCUCUUGUAUCGUGCCUCAUUAUACCCACAUUCAUGACAAUAAAGAAAAUGGGAACUUUGCAUAAAAAAUAGUAUUUUCAGAUUUGGUAGAUUUGACAGCACAAAUUGUAAUCCAAUCACUGAAGAUUUACCAAAGGAGUAAAAUACAAAAGUAAGCAUGAUUGCUAUCACUGUAUAUCGCUAACGUAGCAGAUUUACUGACAAAAUACUUAGUAACUAGGUACAGCUGUUCUGGUUCUGUCUUCUUUAUAAACAGGUUGUAUUACCAUUGCAAUACUGCAUUUUCUUGUAUUUCUUCUUUACCUACGUUUAUUCAUAACCCUUAUAUUUUAGUGCAGGUUCCCCUUGAAGUACCCACAAGUCAUGAAAUAAUCAUUAUGAUAUUGUUCUGGUAGCCAUGAUGUGUUAUUACUGUCACAAGUAAAAUAAAGUUCAUUCUCACA